AUGUUCAAAUUGUUUGGUGAUGACUCUGGUUUCCUCUAUAGGCUGGCGUGUGUUGAAACCAAUUUUGGUCAAAACCCGCACACAUUUAUCAAUGAUUCUCUAAAUAUAUGGGCAAUCGAUAGCAACAAAUUAGCCGAAACACAAAACACAGUCAAACAUCCAAAUUUGCUUUUAAUUUACUAUGAUUUGGCUGAUAAAUAUGGUGUGGAUUGGGAACUACUCAAUAUGACUGACCUGCAAACACCAUUGUACGCUGCAAUUGCUGUCCGAUUGUUUAUUCAUAUUAGUGGUCAGUCUAUACCUAAAACAGUAGAGGACCAAGCUCAGUUUUGGAAACAACACUAUACAACCAGUGGUGACGUAAACAAGUUUGUAUCGCAAGUGUACACCAAUGAGGACCAAUUAAGCUGUUCCGCACACAUUGACUUAUGUGUAGUAUUGGACGGAUCCGGUAGUAUUGAGUCAAAAGAUUUUCAAAUGGCUAAAGAUUUCAUAUAUAAUUAUACAAAUAGCAUAACUUCAGAAAAUGGAAGAUUUUGUUUAGUUUUAUUUUCCAGUAACGCACAAACUAUCUAUAAUUACAGUGAAAAUAAUAAAAACCAAAUGUUAAGUAAAAUCGAAAAUCUGGUCCAACCGGCCGGUUCAACCAACACUAGUGGUGGUAUUCAAACUGUAGUCGACAUUAUGAAACCACCCCGACCCCACCCACGCAACAAAACAAUGUUUGUAUUGACAGAUGGACAAUCUAACAGUCCUCCCGGUGUCGAACCAGCUGUAAGUAAUGCCAGGGAAGCACAUAUAGCCAGUUGGGUUUGGGGAGUCGGACCUAAUGUUAAUAACACAGAAUUGCUUGAAAUUGCUUAUAAUAUUAAAGCUAAUGUUAAGCCAUUAGAUCAAUACAAAGAACUUCACAGCAAUUUAUUUGAAUUCAAAUCAACCGUUUGUUCUCUACCAUUGAAACCGAAAAUUAGCGAAAAAAUCGAUGAUUUUACCAAAAAAAAUGAAAAACGGUAUUUUAUAUUUGAUUUACAAAACAAAGGGUUAAAUCUAACGGUGCAAACAACUAAAGGCAAACUAAUCGGUUACUAUUCAUUCAGUACUUCUAAACCAUCAUCAGCUAUACAUGACGACCAAUUUACUGAUCAUAUAUACAUACCAGGCCUUAAUACCGGUCCAACACAAGUGUUUGUUGUAAUGGAAGAUCACUGUAUUAUCAUUGAUGGGUCGUUAAGUGUGACAUCCAAUGAGUUUGAAUCGGCCAAACAUUUUGUCAUUAAUGUCACUAAAGCCCUGCACUCUUCAGACUCAAGAUUUUGUUUGAUAACAUAUGGCGACAAAGUGUAUGACAUUUACACUUUGAAAGAUAACAUAGAUUUGCCAACAAUGCUAUCGAUGGUUGAAAACAUGAUACAACCCGAAGGAAACACCAAUACUGGAGGUGCUAUUCAAAGGGCGGUCGAUAUCUUUUUGGAGGCCAGUCCUAAACCUAAUGUUGCCAGACAUAUGCUAGUGCUGACAGAUGGUCAGUCAAACGUACCUCCCGGUGUUGAACCGGCUGUUAGUAAUGCAAAACAUAAUAACAUUAACAGUCUUGUGUGGGGUAUCGGCACUGAUACUAAUCAAACGGAACUCUUGGAGAUAGCGUAUGGGUUCAUUCCCGACUACUAUAGAAACACUUCACGUCAUAACCGACCCGUGUUUUACACACUAAACCAAAAGCACAAAAUUUUCAUGAAAAAGGAUUUUCGGUAA